ACACUUGAAUAUUCAUCGUGAUCCGACAAGAAGAAAGAGACACCCCAUAUUGAAUGGUGUCACUCUCAUUGAUCAGAGAACCCGACACAUCAGCAUUCAUCCCCUUCCAAACUCCGAAAUCUAAAUAUCCCUAAUCUUCAUUUCCCUCAUCCACUCAAAACCCUUUUCAAUGGCCACUCUCUUCAACUUCAACACUACUCUCAGCCCCUCUUGUUGUCUUCCCUCGUCAUCUCAUCAACUUGCUCCCUCACAAUUCUCCAAGACACUAUCAACAACUUUCUUUGCCCCAAUCCAAAGCCUCAAACAUGUUGCCACUGUCUCAACCAAACGUCGCCGUUCACUCUCCGUUCGCAUGUCAUGGGACGGUCCACUCUCAUCCGUCAAAUUGAUCAUACAGGGUAAAAAUCUCGAGCUCACUGAUGCAGUGAAGCAGCAUGUGGAGGACAAGGUGGGGAAAGCUGUUCAGAAGCAUAGUCAUCUAGUGAGAGAGGUUGAUGUGAGGCUAUCUAUCCGAGGAGGAGGAGAAUUUGGGCGAGGACCCCGGACUCGUAGAUGUGAGGUGACUUUGUUCACAAAGAGGCAUGGAGUGGUGCGAGCUGAGGAAGAUGCUGAAAGUACCUAUGGAAGUAUUGAUUUGGUGUCAUCGAUCAUUCAGAGAAAGUUGAGGAAGAUAAAAGAAAAGGAGUCAGAUCAUGGUCGACACAUGAAGGGGUUCAAUAGGUUGAAGGUUAGGGAGCCCGUAGAGCCAUUACCCUUGGAAGAGGACCAAAUAUCCCCACAGGAGGAGGAAGAAUCAAUUGAUGAGGUUGUUCGCACAAAGUACUUUGACAUGCCGCCAUUGACUGUGGCUGAAGCAAUUGAGCAGCUCGAAAAUGUUGAUCAUGACUUUUAUGGUUUUCGAAAUGAAGAAACUGGGGAAAUUAAUAUUGUGUACAAAAGAAAAGAAGGAGGUUACGGACUCAUUAUACCCAAAGGAGAUGGUGAAGCAGAGAAAUUGGAGCCUGUAGUAAUUGAACCAGCUAAAGAACCCUCACUGAAAGAGUGAAAUGCACUCACGAGAAACUCUUUUUCUAUUAACAUAAGAGCUUGUACAUGAUUAGCGGAUAAUGAUGGCGAUUUCUAUGGAACCUGAAGUGCAUAGGCAAUUUCAAUCGAGGCUCCGACAUUUUAAAGUGCAAAUCAAGUUUUAUUGUAUGUACACUUGGAUGACUAGCGACUGUAAACUGAAAGAGAUGCACCAUUUGUGUGUGCUGCAUAUAAUGUUCGGAAUACACCUUUUCUCUAACAAUGCCACCUACUUUCUUUAAUCUUUUGGUUUUGUUCUGCUUCAUGUCUAUUUGUUAUCUAGAUUAUACCAUAACAAGUUAAUCAUUUUUCUCUUCAAAUUUCAAACCUUU